GAACUCGCCAUUACAUCCCCGUGUCAAAGUAACAAUUGGAGACGUACAGGAAUAGAACAGAUCGUGAUACCAGAGACAUUACCAGUUAACUUUAUGUUACAAAAAAAAAAUCUUGGAAGGAUUUUGCAGAAGAGAAGAAAUAAAAGGAUCUGAGGAUUUAAAAAAAAAAAUUCAAUAGAGUGAAGCAAGUGUGAUAUCAGAAUGACUGCAGCGACUGUUUGGAGAUGGAGUGUCCUGACUGCAGUAGUCGUAGUCGUAGUCACAUACAGCAGAGCUGCACCAGCAACAGACUUUGAGCAUCAGGAGGUGAAGACCGUCAGACAAGUCACACAGUCAGUGACUAGCGUAGCGCCAGCGGCGAGCGCUCUCCAAGAUCGUUUUGCGAACAACGAGAAGGAAGACAAUGUCCAAAUGGCGGAGAAUUUCCUCUCUAGUUAUGGCUACUUCCGAAAGGGCCAGUCGCUCUCCUUCCCAGCUGCUCCAGUGACAGGAGCAGGCGAGAAGAGGUACAAGAGGGACGCGACCUCUGACCUUACUGAUGCUGUGAGGAUGUUUCAGAGCUUCUACGGACUCCCGCAGACAGGAAGACUUGACGAAGCCACAGUGGACCUGAUGAAGAGGGACCGAUGCGGGGUGGCUGACAUUCCAGAGGAUGACGACAACACCAGAGUAGCGCGCUCGACAGAUUCCGAGAGUCCGCAGUCAAUCAACUAUGGUGGAGCGAGAUGGCAGCACAACACCCUGACAUGGAAACUCGGCAUCGCCACCAAACGGCUGGACGAGUCCGAUCAACGGAAAGUAAUGCACGAUGCGUUUCACCUGUGGAAAGAGCAAGUACCUCUGGAGUUUCAAGAGGUCACGAGAGAAGACCCAGCAGACAUUGUGGUACUUUUCGGCACCGGUCACCAUGGCGACAAGUCCCCUUUUGAUGGACGAGGCAAGGUCUUGGCGCAUGCGUACGCGCCCGGAAGAAAUGAGCUCGCGGGAGACAUCCACUUCGAUGACGAUGAGCCGUGGACGACGAACACCAAGGAGGGAUCUGACCUGUUGUCGGUGGCCAGCCACGAGCUGGGUCACUCUCUGGGCCUGGGGCACUCUCGUGACCCCAGUGCACUCAUGUACGCGUUCUACGGCAUGCAGACGGAGCUGACACUGGGCGACGACGACAUUCAGGCCAUCCAGACAUUGUAUGGAGUGGUAUCAGGAACAGGCACAGGUUCACGACCCGCGACCAAGCGACCUCCUACCACCGUCAGACCCAUGUGGGUUAAAAGUUUCAUCACUAGGCAACCACUACCUCCAGCAAGUGAGCCCCCGACAACAGCAGGAUGCGGUAUUGACUUCGACUUCAUCAUCAAAGAUCACCAGGACGUCUUCAUCGGCAUCACGGGAAACGAAGCUCACCGCUUUACAUCAUCCGGAGCGUUGCCAGGCAACCCAGUUUCCUUGGACACACUUUUUCCUGGAGCCCUGUUCCGUCCUAAUGCCGUGUUUUCGGUCCCUGAAAGAAAAGCCACUUAUUUCAUUGCUGGAAAUCGUGUGUGGCGCUACACGGACCAUGCCCUGGACAGUGGUUAUCCCCAAAACCUCAACAUCGACUUUCCUGAUGUCAUCCGCUUUGUCCUGGCCCUCCCGGACACCACAGGCCAACCAAGGUUUUUCGUUUUCGGUAGUACCCACUGGGUGGAGUACGACUUCGAUCAGCCUCGUCAACAGUCACCUCGACAUUACCUGAUACCUCAGUACUGGCCAGGUGUGACGACUGAUGUCAAGUACGGAAUUGCCUGGAAUGACGGAAAUACCUACCUUAUCACACCUGACAGCCAUGUUGUCUUCAAUAUCUUCCGGCGUUCAUCGAAUUCCGGAAAGCAGCCCGGGUGUCCACCCUGGUUGCGAGCUUUAAAUCUGCAAGCAUCACCAUCACAGCAAUACUCGAGGUCUGCUGCGAGUGGUCUGUCGGCCUGGUCUUGGAUGUUGUUAACUCUGUUGGUAUCACUGGGUGUGUGUCUACCCGGCAAUGCCGCUAUAUGUCAGUUGUUGUUGUUGUUUAGACACAGGACACAGAGAUGUCACUCAACAUGAAUUUCGCCAUGACAGUUAGCCGCUCGUUUCCUGAUGAUAAGGCAGGGUGUGGACACAAGGAAACCAUAAAUGUUAAUACCAUUAACACCAACAAGAUUAAUUAUUGUGUUUGAGAGCUUCAUGCUGUAUAUAAGUGUAAUAGAGAAGUUCAUACUUACAAGGCAGCUUGUCCAGAAUCCAUCAUGGCCUUCAUUGAUGUACUUGAAGUUUUUUUGAUGACUUUGAUGAUGACUCACAUCAUCAUUUAUUUAUUUAUUUGCUACACUCAACAUUAAUUUGAUCAGCUGCCUCACUUCCUCACAAUCUACUUUCUGGUUGAUGUGACUGUUAAAAAUGUUUGGUCAAACAAAUCUACCUCCCAGCUAGUCUUUCGAACAAACGUUUAUUUUUGUUUAGUGUUUGUUUAUUUAUUUGGCAAAGGUUAGGGGUGAUCCUUCGCCAACUUAAAAAUCUAAUAUUGCUGCAGAUUGAAUGUUUUUGAUAUAGAAUAAGAGAAUGUGCUUUUGUCUGUGCGUGGGUGCGUGCCGGCGUCCGUGUGUGUGUGUGUGAGAGAGAGAAUGUAAGGUAAAGAGAAAAAGACACACACACAACCCUGUAACUCCUUUACAAGUUUGAGGUUUAGCAUGGAUUCAUUUUUGGAUGGUUGAAUGCUGCGUGACUUCGUUUAUUCCAAAACCAAAGAAAGAAGGGAAGAGAGAGAAAGAAAGAUUGCAUGUUUGCAUUUCUCUCCAUGUUUGCAUCUGAGAGCGUGCGUGUGUGUGUGUGUGUGCUUUCUCUCCUGUUGUUAUCGUCUGUGAGUGUGGCACACUUCCUGAAGGGUUGUUGCUUAUUAUAUUGCAUCAGACAGUGAGUAGUAAUCAGUAGACAUGUGAGUCAGCCAUGCUAAUACCCGGAUGUCCUGCUGCGGUCCCUAGGAUGAUGACUUGUGUCAAGCUAGGCAAUGUCCUCUCAGAGAGUCACAAAGCCAAACCCCGAGAAACCAAACAGAGAACAAGAAAUAAAAAUAUAUUGUUUGGGUUUUUUUUUUACUGUUUCCUAGAGUCCUGUUUGUCUAGAACUGCCGCCUGUCAUUGUGAGAGCCACCUCGAGGAUUGGCAUCUUUUUCUCCCAUAUACACGGAGCAAAAAAAAAAAAAAGAAAGCAAGGAUAUUGCAAGGAUGCUCUCUCUCUCUUUGUCUCUGAAUCGCUAAUGUCUCGUUUCUCUCUCUUUUUUUGUUUUUUUGUUCUUUUUCUUACCGAUGCUGUUCAGUUGUCAGUUUGAAAGAGUUAUUAACCCACAAAAUAAAACAGCUCAACUUCAAGA